CAGACAUAAAACCCAAACUUGGAAAGAGGGCAAAGGACAAAGGCAGGCAGGCAGCAAAGCAACGACAUUGUAAAACACAAAACAAUCGAUGUUAAUGAAACACAACCCGAACAACCAAAUACCCAUCCAACCUUUCCCUUUUCCUUCAAUCAUGAACGUCUCAGAUAUGGGUGAGUCCAAUCAUGCCGUACUCGACGACUCCUAUCGACCUUUGCCUGCUCUUUACUUGUCUUUCCUUUUCAUCUGGUUCUUCUCCGCUUGUUCUUGGACUUUCAACACUUACAAAAACCGCCAUUUCCAGAUAAAUAAUUUACAAUGGACUCUUGCAUCUGUGCCCUUGAUUAAAGCCUUGCAACUCACUCUAUCCUUCCUUUUUUGGUAUUCAUGCUUUUAUCUUCAGCUAUGUUCACUGUGGAUGUCUUUCGGGGUGUAUGUAACUGGAGUGCUCUUUCAGACAGUUUCGUUCGUUUCCUUUUUGCUCAUCUCUCAUGGAUACUGCAUCACCUGCGAGCGCCUUUCGGUAACAGAGCGUCGAACUACUGCCGCACUUGGAUGUGUAUUUUACUUGACUCUCAUUGGUUACCGAGCUUCUGUACCUUAUUUCACAGUUCUUCUACUUCUUAAUUACAUGAUUUCUUUUUAUGUAAUUUUUCACCAUAUAUCGCAAAAUCUAUUAGUGUUGCGGGAGCAGUUAACAUUUAUCGAGGAUGAGGAUGUCCAACCAAUGCGCGAUGCUGUUUAUAUGAAGUACAGAAUGUUAAAGAAAUUUCAGGGUGCUAUGCAAAUAGUUGCUAUGGCCGAAAUUGUGAUAUACAUAAACAUUGAUGACUCCUCUGAGAAUUACUGGCUCCGGUUGCUGGUUCGAGAAUGGGCUCAAUUCUGCAUAUUUUUGUACAUUGGGUGGACUUUUAGGUCACAAGAAUUGGCACCACGCUUUUCGGUUAUGCCAACUUUAAAAUCUAAAGUGGAUUUAAUGGUCCCUCCGAUCUAUCGUAUAGAAAUGGAUGCAACGACAUUCCGAGAGUUCCAAAGCCAUGAAUGGCACAUCGGUGUGCCGACUUCUGUACGAGACGAAAGCUCCAGAGAUUCGGUUUUGGUAAUAAUUCAGCAUCCAAAUGCAUAUCGACCGACAACAAUACUUUCAUCAAGAAAACAGCCAGUAUAGCUUCUCAAAAACGUCAGAUUUUUGAAGUGGAGGAUCAUGUUGAUGCAAAGCAUAGAUUAUGAUAACCUCGAUAUGAUCUCAGGAGCAAAGUUUUAUACAGUAAAUAACAGAGAUUUUUCUUUUCAUUUUUCUUACGGAAAUCCACUAUAUAUCAAAUGUCAAAAUUCAUUGAAAUGGGGUUAGAGAGUAUAUAAUACUUCCCAGUAUCCAUAUUUGUAUCCAAAUAUUUAUAUUAAUUACAAAAUUGUACAUUCUUCUUCCCCAUUUCAACUUGCAAUUUGAGUAUCCAAUAUAAAGUUUGUUUAUCAUUUGAAGUUA